CUGAGUCUGAAAGCAGAGGGAGGGAGCAGUUUUUGAAAAGAAAAUGUCAAAUGGCACAGGCACUGGACUUGAAUCUCUUGUUGAUCAAACAAUAUCAAUUAUCACAAAUGAUGGACGGAAUAUAGUGGGAGUCCUAAAAGGUUUUGACCAGGCUACAAAUAUUAUCCUUGAUGAAUCUCACGAGCGUGUCUACUCUACAAAGGAAGGUGUUCAACAACUUGUGUUGGGUCUGUACAUAAUCAGGGGUGACAACAUAAGCAUAGUUGGGGAAUUGGAUGAGGAGCUUGAUUCUCAUCUUGAUAUGUCGAAACUUAGAGCUCAGCCUCUCAAGCCUGUUAUCCAUUAACUGAUUAGGAAAGGUGCAAACACUAUGUGAGCGAUUAUCACCUACAAAGAAAUGUCAGGACAUUUAGGUAUAUGAUGAAAAUUCCGAUGUGCUAUAUAUAAUAUGCAGAUUAGAUUUUGAAAGUGUUACAUAUUCUGUCUGCGCAUAUUUGUAAAACUGAUUGAAGAUCAUUCCAUCAAUUUCUCCUAAUCAAAAUGAAUUAUUA